UACAACGGCUAUGGAACGAAGGUUCGUUACGUAUGAUGUUUCUACUAAUCAAAUAUUUGUAAUGAAGGCUGCUCUUCUUUGGACGAUAAAUGACUAUCCAGCAUAUGGAAUGUUAUCUGGAUGGAGUAUAGCUGGGAUCUUAGGAUGCUCGAUAUGUUUGCAGAGAUCGAAGUCAUUCAGAUUAAGACAUGGUAAGAAGCCCUGCUAUUUUGACUGUCACAGACAAUUUUUGCCGAUGAAUCAUACAUUCAGAAGGAAUAAAAAAGAGUUCAUCAAGAAUAGGAUUGAAAGAACUCCUCCACCAUUGAGGUUGACCGGUGAUCAAAUAUGGGAGCAAGUGCAUGACUUUCCAACUGUUGUUGAAAACCCUCCUGGCACAACUAUUGCGUACGGAAGUGUACAUAAGUGGACUAAACGCAGUAUAUUUUGGGAUCUACCAUAUUGGAAGGCACAUCUUAUUCAUCAUAAUCUUGACGUCAUGCACAUUGAAAAGAAUGUUUUCGACAAUGUCAUAAAUACUGUGAUGGAUGUCACGGGAAAAAUAAAAGACAACUUGAAUGUAAGAAAAGAUAUGAGAAAUAUUUGUGAUCGGCCAACAUUAGAUGUGGAUGCAAGCAGCAGGGGACCAAAACCAAAAGCAGUUUAUACAUUGGAUAAGGAGCAUAGACGAGUCGUUUGUCAAUGGUUGAAAUCUGUGCGGUUUCCUGAUGGAUAUGCUUCGAACAUCGGGAGAUGUGUUGAUUUGAACGAAUGCAAGUUGACAGGAUUAAAGAGUCAUGAUUGUCACAUAUUUAUGAAAAGACUAAUUCCAAUAGCUUUGAAGGAACUUCUACCAAACUUUGUAUGGGGCGCCAUUACAGAGUUAAGUAAUUUCCUUCAUGAUAUUUGCUCAACAGUGUUAAAAGCAUCACACAUGGAGAAACUGGAGAGAGACAUUCCAAUUAUUCUUUGCAAUUUAGAAAGGAUAUUUCCUCCAUCGUUUUUUUAUUCAAUGGAGCAUCUCUUAGUUCACUUGCCUUAUGAGGCCAAAGUUGCAGGUUCCGUCCAAUUUCGAUGGAUGUAUCCAUUUGAGAGGUUCUUAUAUCAUUUGAAGAAAAAAGUGAAGAAUAAGGCAUGUGUUGAAGCUUCAAUUUGUAAUGCAUAUAUUGUGGAAGAAGUGACAAUAUUUGCAUCAUACUAUUUUGAGCCGCACGUGCAGUGCAAGAGGCGGAGAGCAGGAAGAAAUGAUAAAGGUCCCAUCGAUCCCAAUUGCAAAUCAUUCUCUAUUUUCAAUUAUCUUGAUCGACCAAGCGGCGCAUGUCAGUUUCGUUGCUUAACAGGCGAAGAACGGCAGGCAGGCCAUACCUAUAUUUUACUGAACUGUCCAGAAGUGGAGCCAUACUUCCAGUAAGUGUAUAUUUGAAAAUAUAUGUAUUGCGUGUCAAAUAUUUACUAA